CGGUGAUGUGUCCAUCCCUGCGCCCGGAGCACCGCGCUGCCAAAGCCGCCUCCAGCUAGAUCCAAGCCCGCCCGCUGCCAUGGAAACGGGCAGCCCGGAGGAGCGGGACGGAGGGGAGCAGCGGCGGCAGGAGGGCGGCGACGCCCCUCCCGACAGCGCCGACGGCUCCGUGGUGGCAGCGGAGCCGCAGCAGCCGCCCCCCGGCAAGCUGCGGAAAACGGCCUUCAAGCUGUUCGGGGGCAAGCGCAGCAUCUGCACCCUGCCCAGCUUCUUCGGCGGCCGCGGCAAGAAGGGGCUCAGCAAGUGCAAGACCCACGACGGGCUGAGCAGCGCUGCCUGUGACAAGGGCGGUGGGACAGGGCCGGACAGCCCCUCGGAGGGCAGCAGGGAUGGGCAGCCCGGCCCCCUGCCCGGCUCCCGCAGCGCCCAGCUGGCCGUGGACACCGGCAGCAGGGGGGAUUUGGGCCAGCAGGACGGCUCUCCCCCCGGGAGUAUCGAGGGCUGUGACAAAAAGCCCUCUUUCCCCAGACCCAAAAAAGGGCUGAAAGGGUUUUUUAACAGCAUCCGGCGCCACCGGAAGAGCAAGGCUGCCGAGAGUGAGAAGACAGAGCUCCCCGAGUGGAACGGGGACACGGAGGAGGCUGGGAAUGCUCCUGGAACGGCAGUGGAGAGCCGAGGGGCUGUGGAGGGCAGGGGAGCAGGGCCAGUCACUGAGACCAGAGCUGGCCCAGGGGACUCGGGGGGUGACUCCAGCUGUGGUGAGGCCACGGAGCCCACGGGCCCCACAGCUGAUGGAGGCACCUCCGAGGGUGGCACGAUGGCCGUGCCAGGGAAUGGGGACGUUCCAGAUACAAAAUCAGAGGCUGAGGCUGCUGCCUGCGCUGAGUUUGACCGUGAGAGUUUGCUGCUGGCCUUCCACCCUGACUUCAUGGACAGCGAACCUCCCUGCCUGCACUCCGGGGACCUGCUGAGCCUCAUGCUGGGGGAUGUCACCUCCCUGAAGAGCUUUGACUCCCUGACGGGGUGCGGGGACGACAUCGCCGAGCCCGACAUCGCCGAGAGCAGCAUCUCGGUGGAGCGCAGCCGUGACGCCGCCAAACGCAGCUCCUGCCUGGUCACCUACCAGGGCGGCGGCGAGGAGAUGGCCAUUCCUGAGGAGGCUGAGGAGUACCUGCACCAGGUGUGGGACAGCGGCGUGCCAGGGGACAGGAGCUACGGGGCCCAGGUGUCCAGCAGCAGCCUGGAGACGCACACCUCUCACGAGGCAGACGCCCACCCCUACGUGGGGGAUGCCAUGGAUGGUGUUGACCUCCUGACUCCCCAGAGUGACCAGCAGGAGUCUGCCCCAAACAGUGACGAGGGGUAUUACGACUCCACCACGCCAGGGCCAGACGAUGAGGCUGGAGAGGAGCUCAAGAAGGACCGACUGCCCCGGGACAGCUACAGCGGCGAUGCACUUUACGAGUUUGACACCCUGAUGAGCCCCUCUCAUGGGGAGGAAUCCCUGUUCGAGGGCAAAGUCCCACGCCAGGGCAUCUUCAGCUACUUCAUGGACUUCUGCCUCCCUGCGGAGAAGAGCCUGAUCCAGCAGAUGAUGGAUCAGAAAAGAGGGCUGAUGGAAACUGAAGAAGAGGGGCUUGCAGCCAUUCAGAAAGAGCUGCUGUACUGGGAGCUGCAGAGGGAGCCAGUCCUGAAACGCCUGGAUGUCUCCAGCAAGAAGUGUCCCCAGGAAAAGCAGUGCAUUGAAUGUAAAACCAGAGCAGCCAGCUCCAUUGGCAAGAGUCAGAGUGGCCUUGGGAGCGAGCAGGUGGCCUCACAUACCCCAAGCCGGGCUGUCAAUGGUGGGGUUGCAGUGACUAGGGCUGAAAAUCCAGAGUGGAGGGAUUUUUCAGGGACUCUGUGUCUGGAAAACUGUUACAACAGCCAAAAGGCCCCCGGAAAUUGCCUUAUUCAGCUCACAAAGAACAACCCGGGGUUCGAUGCAGACCUGGACUGUGGCAUGUUCGGGGACUCCAUCCACGGCAGUGUGUCCCCAGCCAAGGCAGGGAUGUUCCCUGGGUUCAGGCUGCCGGAGCAGGAGCACGGCGGCGGAGCAGAGCCCACCCCUGGCGAGCCCCAGGUGGGCAGCGAGCCCGAGCACGCCGUGAGCUUCUCGCAGGCUCUGGUGGAGUUCGCCAGCAGCGGGACCCUCUUCUCCAGCCUCUCUGAGAGCCUGGGGAGCUCGGCCUCCAGCUCCUCCUUCACCCAGAACCUCCCUGCCCUCCCUACCAUGGUCACCUUCGAUGUGGUGGACGUGGAGCAGGACGGGGAAGGGGAGUGUGAGCAGCACCCGGAGCUGACCGCGGGCGAGGACAUCGCCGAGGCCUUCGAUGAUGGCUAUGGACAGAAAGAGUCGUUGGCUGAAUGUGACGAGAGAAUGUCCCUGGGCUUCUCCCCGGGCUCCUUCCAGAGCUGCAACUGGGGGGUGGCCAGCCUGCCCCGCCACCUGCGCCUGCACGGGCUGAGCCCCUCCAUGCCCGCGCCGCUCUCCGUGGACCGGAGGAGCCGCUCGCUGGACACGGAGAGCCUGGAGUUUGAGCUGGCCGAGCCACAGGGGACCCGCAGCGGCCCCCAGCCCUGCCGGCUCUGGGCCAGGCAUGAGACUGGCAGGAAGGACUCUGCUGGAGCCAGGAGGAGCAGGAGCAAGGAGGAGGGUGAGCUGGUGGCUCCCGAGGGUGGCUCGAGCUGGCCGGGCCUGCGGCACCUCCAGCACGGCGCUGACACGGCUCCCGGCGGCAUGGAGCUCUGGGACUUCGCUCCGGCUGGCGCUGUGGAGAGUGUCUGGGAGCCAUCGGAGCCACCAGAACCAGACACCGUGUCCCCUUUCCUGCCUCUCUCCCGGGGUGGCAUCGGGGAGGCUCCGGAGAGGCGGCCCCAGGAGCCGGAGCUGAGCAGGCACCCGCUCCGGCCCUCCAACCUCCCCCUGCAGCCCGAGGCGAGGCGGGCCCGGGAGGCGGCCGGGUCCUUUCUCUUCCACGGGGAUGUCCCCAAGCUGUCCUGCUUGUUACCCCUGGGAGAAGCAGAGCUGCCCCCGAGCUUUGGCUUUGCCUGCUCCCCGGAGCACCGUGCCAGGGGCAAACCUGUGGGCAUUGCCCAGGGUGUGCCGCAGCAUCCCGGGAACAGCAGCGGGGACACCGAGAGCCCGGAGUGCUGCACUGAGCCCCUCAAGGGCAGGGCCACCCUGGGGCACGGCAGCUGCCGUGGCACCGUCUGCAGUGUCACUGAUGCUGAGUAGCUGCAGGAAUGUCACCGUGUCACCCGCUGAGGGGCUGCAGGAAUGUCACCGUGUCACCGAGGCUGAGUAUCUGCAAGAAUGUCACUGUCACCAAGCCAAAAGGCUGUAGGAAUGUCACUAUGUCACCGUGCUGAGGCUGCUCUGGGCAGGGGUGAAAGGGGAGCAAAGGGAGGAAGAAAACGUGGAGCAGUUUGGGGAGGACUUGAGUUGGAGCUGGGCUGAUGCUCCUCUCCUGCAGCCAUGCGUGGCCUUGCCCCUGUGGAUGCUCUGGAGGUAGCUUGGAGCUGCCUUCAGGAUUCCUUCAUCACCACUGAGGCACUUUCUGGUUUUCCAGCCCCCUCCAGCACCAAGUGCAGCAGCAGCCCCUGGCAGAAGCUGGGGAUGGACCCGUUGCUGGUGUGGCAGGUUGGGGUUUGUGCAGGCUGGGGGAACAGGCCUUGGGCAGACUUUUGAGGGGAAAUGGGGCUGUUUUCCUCUUCUGGGUGAAAGGUUUUGGUUCAGACUCACUUUGAAUGUCUUCCAGCCCAGGCUCAGUGUGGGGAGCUGGGAGGAAGGGUGCCACUUGUUCCAGAGCAAGGAGGGGCAGCUGGAAAGGGGAACUGUGCAGCAACGUUUUUAUUUAUUGGAUUUGUCCUUGCCCCAAAGGGGGAAGCAGGAGCUUUUGUGUGUGUGCCGAUAAUGUUCUCCAGGUCUAGUUUCAGUUUGCUCAGAAAGAUGUGCUGUCCAUGGUGUCCCUUUGAAGAACAAAGUGUUGGUCCCUUCUUUGUUGUGGUCUGUCUUCACAGUGCAGAAUUCCUGGUUGAAACCUUUCCCAGGCUUUGUCCUGGGCUCCUGGCCUCUCCAGGGCCAUGGGGACAGGGAUGAGGCCUUUGAAAUAAGCUAAAUUUGCAUCAUGCCUGUAGCUGUGAAGUGGCAGAUGAUGUUACUUUCUCAAAAGGAAGCUUUGUGGCUUUUUAAUUUAAUUUUUUUUACAGUUGUUUUAUUUGCAUAAACCCACAGGAGGAAAGUUUUGUGUUCCCCAAGGAACACAAAAUUUGGGAUGGACUGCAGCUACAUUGGGCUUCACUCCUCCUGUCUGGAGGGAACAAAAAGCCUGGAAGCUGCUGGAGGUUUGGGAUUUUUUUGCCUCUUUGGAGGAAUGUGGAGGAGGGACACAGGCUGAGGGGACAGAUUCUGUCCUGUGAGCUCCUGUGACAUCUGUUCCAGGCUCCUGGUCCCUCUGUGAUCCCAAACCCCCUCAGCUCUGAUCCAAACCCCCAGGCCAUGACACAAAGCUGCUUCCCUGUCCUGUCCAAGCUCUGUCUUCUGAUUUAAUUCCGUUACCAGUGAUUUUUGUUUCCCCCCACCUCAUUGCCCUUCCUCUAUUUUUCUUUGCAGCAGACUUUGUAGCAUUAAAAAAAAAAAAAAAAUCCCAAAGUAGAAAUACUGGAGUUUUACCACAUUUGUGGAGUGAGGGAUGGCUCUGCUUGGGCCAGGCUCGAUUUUCCUGCUGAGUCCUGCCCUGCUGGGUCACUCUCCUGCUGCUCUCCUGCUCCACAUGGAUGUGGCUCCAUCAGUUGCUCCCUGCCAUCCCUGGAUUUCCAGGCACAAGGAGCUGGUUUGGGUUUGAUGGGUUUUUUUCCCCCCACCAAGCAAAAUGAGGUCUUGAUAUUCCUUUUGAGAAAAGAUUCCUCUGCCCUGUCCUUGGAUGUCUGGGAAGGGCAGGGCCAGGCUUGGUUCAGCCUCUGUGUGUGAUGCGAUUUUUCUGCCAAGGCAGAGCUGAUCUAUCUGUGCAUCCACAGGCUCAAACCUGAAUUUUUCCAUGUUUUCCUGCCAGCCUGCUGCAGGGAGUUCCACGGGAACCUGCCGUGCCAUGGCUCUUUUCCCUCAUCCCUCUGGGACACUGGAGAGGAUUUCCUGGGACACACCUGGCUCUUGGUGCCACUGCCACACCCCGAGAGGAGAAUGUGGUGAGCCAGGGGAAGCUGCCCUCGCUGGGAGGUUGUCUCCCCUCGUUAGCACAGCUGCUAAUGAACAUUGGAUAUCCCUCCCUGGAGCAAGGACAGGGCCAGCUCUGUGCCCAUCUCACCCCGCUCCCAGCACACAAACCACGGGCACACCCUGCUGGGGACACCACAGGGACAUUGUCACCCCCUCACGCCCCUGGCUGGGUUUAAUCCCUGUUUUAUUUCCUUUCAGCAUCUCACCAAAGGCAUCUCGGGGGUUCCAGGCUCUGGAGCUUUGUUCAGCCAAAGUCCUGCUGAGGGCUGGGAAUGUCUGGGUGCUAAAUGAAUGUUCCAAGGUGUCCAUAGGAUCCUGGGGUUGGGUGUAGGUACGAGGUGGGGAGGUUCAGUGGGAGCAAUACAGCCAAGGCUUGGUAAUCUGACUUUAUACCAAAGGUUUCUCCUCUUAAUUCGAUGGGAAUUCAAUGAGGCAAAUGUCUCUGGAAUUCAAAUGAGUUUUCCUAAUGCAGUUUAGUCACUAAUUUGCUGGAUUAUUGGCAGAUUCUGCCCCGUUAACCCAAAGAAAUUGGAAUUUCUGGUGCAGUAAUUCAGCCUGUAAAUGAUCACUGCAGUAGGGAUUGGAUUUCACUGCCUGCUGAGCCACUCUUCCCAAAAAACCCCACUUGGGAUCCAUGGGAACAAACCUGGGCUGGAGCUGGGUCAGUCCAACACUGCCUUACCUGAGGAGCUCACAUUUGGGGGUGGUCACUGAGGCUUCUUAUGCAAAAGGACUUCCCAACCAGAAACCACUUGGAAAAGUCAGGAUCAGCAGAAUGUCCUGCCAGGAUAUUUAGGGAAAACUUGAGGAAUUUGCCUGUUCCUUGCAGGGAAGUGAGGGACUGGGGCUGUGAAGCUGUGGUGGAACCACUGCCAUUGGGGUCAGCCUGCCGAGAGGUUCUGGGUUCCAUUCUGGGGACUUGGGGGUUUUAGUUUGUUUGUUUGUUUGUUUUUAUACAUAUAAGAAAACGGUUGAUUUUCUCUAUUUUUGUAUAGUUUUGCAUUUUAUAAUCAUGGGGAAAUUUUACAGCCUGUUCUUUUACUCGUGUGUCUUGUCUUUCCAAGUGGUGUGGUUUGCUUUUCCCGUGGAUAAAAGGCCGUUCCUGCUGCUGCCAUGCCCAGAUCCCACCCCGCUCCCUGGGAAUGUGCUGGGGCCUCUGCCCAGCCCCUCCAGCCCCUCACAACCACACUUUGCACACACUUGAGAUGUCCUUAACCCUCCUCUGUCACAUUCAGCUGUCCCUUCUUUGCUUUUCAGUGUUGUUUUUAAUCUGAAUUUGUGGAUUUUGGUGAUUUCUCCCUCCCAAGUGUUUUUAAAAAGCCCACAGGAUUCAGCUGAGGCUUUUCCCGCUGUCUGCUGAUGUUAUUUUAUCUAAAAUUGGGGCUUUUCUUCAAUCCCUGUGCAGGAGAUGCUGUUGGCUGGUGCAUGGAAAUGCUCUUGGACAGGUUUUCUCUCCCCUCGGUGCUCCCUGGCUGAGCUGGGAGCUGGGAUUUCACCCUGGUGCCUGAGGAUUGCUCCUUAAAUAAUCCUGGAAUUAGCAGGGCUUCCCCCUUCUCCUCCUCCUCCCUCCUCCAGGGAGCUCCAGCCCUGUGCUCUGGAUCACUGAAACAUCUCCCUGGAAUGACACUGCCUUGAACUUUGGGAUAGAGGAGAGGAGAGUUUCUGGAAUGCUAAAAUCCAGCCCAAAGCAGAUUUCCCCCCGUUUUUUUUCCCUCAGUAGAGGUGGCAAUUGUCACUGAUUUGACUCUGCAGAGAUUUUUUUUUUGUUUUGUAUUCUAAUUAAUGACUUCUCACCUAAUGGUGCUUCUAAAAGUUUUUCUGGAUUGGGUUUGCCCCAUUCCCCACAGGGAUGGACGGGAAGGUUUCUCAUUGAACAUUCCUGGGGCACUCAGACCCACCUUCCACAUUCCCUCUGCCCUGGAAUUCUGGGCUCCCUCCUCUCCAGCUGGGGUGUCAUGCUCUUCUCACCCACACUGAGUCACCCCAAAGCUCCAUUUGGGUGAAGUGAGAAAUUAAAAUCCCAAAAAGCCUCUCAGUUGUAAGGAAAUAAUGACUGAGCCCUUGUCCUCAGCUGCCCCAUCCCGCUGCCAGGCUGGCAGCUCCUCCCAGGUGGCCAACCUGGCUGAAUUUGUUUUUUUUUUGUUUCCUUCCUGGUCUCAUUGCUACUAGUCCUUUCAAGUUUUUAAUGUAUUGAUUGUGUUUUAAAAUGAAUGUUCCUUUCACUGAAUUCUAAUGAAUAAACUGCAGAUUUUUAGAGAA